AUGUCUAUGAUGGAUUCACCAUCAAGGGUUAUCAAUGAAUCCAAUAUAUUCAGUGAUUCUCAUUAUUUGAAUUUGAAAUUACAAUCCCCAUCACCACAAUCAUUGUCGUUUGACUCAAAUGGACAUGAAUUGAAAAAUAUUCAAACAUCGCCUUUCAAGUCUCCAAAGAAGAAUGUAAAUCAUGAUGCUGGUAAUGAUGAUAAUGAUGAUGUUAUAGAGAAUGAUGAAAUUACUAUUGCUAAAGAAAUACAGAAUAUUGGUAAUAUAACGAAUAUUGAUACAAAGAAAUUUGAUAUUUUCAAAGCUUUAUUGGGGAAAUUGGCUGGUAAGGAUAAGUUAGCUAAAGUGUUACAAUACGUGUUGAAUUUGAUCAAAUUUUAUUUGACCACAUCAAGAAGGUUUUUAAUAAAUGAAAAAUUUGAUAAUUUAUCAUUAGAUCCUAAAUUACUUUUCAAAACACCAAUAACAUAUGGGAAAUUAUUGAUAUUUUUAAAUUCAACAAUUUUAGAAAAGAAAAUAUUUGAAGUAACUAAAAACAUAUCAAUUUUUAGACAAAUUUUAAGAUUUGGUGGUACAAGUUAUAGAAUUCGUGAAUUUUUCAAUAAAUUUAAUACAUUUAUUAAAGCACCAUCUAUCAAUCAAUUUCAGUCAAUAUAUUUGAAUGAAGGUGCAUUAGGUGAUUUUAUUGAUUUAUACUAUGGUAUUUGUGAUGAAAUUGUCCUUUUAUAUAAACUUGGUGUCUUCACAAAUCCAAAUUUCAAGAGUUUUAUCUCCAAACAUGAAGCUUAUUCUUGGUAUGCAGAUAUCAUGUUGGGUAUUAAGAAGAAUUAUGUUAAAUUGAAUGAAAAUAAGAAUAAACAACUAAAAUUAAGUAUACAGCAUCAAGUCAAGCAAAAAGCUCAAUUAUUAUCCAGAAAGCUUAUUGAAAAUAUAAAUGGUAAUUCACCAAUGAAAUCUCAAAUCUUGAGAGAAUUUAAUAAUAAAUCACCUUCAAGUCCAAACUCUAAUACCCUGAACCAAGAACUAGCAACUUUGAAACAUGAAGAGUACAUCUUACAGUUAGAUAUAGUAAGACUUUCUUUUGAUUUUGUAUGUGAUACCAUUGAUAUUUUCAACUUGAAUUUGAAUCCUGCAGUUUAUUUAAUAAGUGGUACAAUGUCAGGUUUGUUAGGUUUAAAGAAAGUUUGGUCACAAACAAAACGUGAACUAGAAGGACAAUGA